UCACUUAUAAUAUUCGAAUUUCGCAGAAACCUUGAGAUUAACAUCAGAUUUUUUUUUAAUUUUACUGUUCAUUCUAUAAUUUGUUGAUUUUAUACUUGCGAUACCAUAACAAGAUCAUUGACAUGGCUUUCAAGCGAAAUUCCGGUCUACCUAUUCCUCACCGGAUGCAUUAUAAAACCCUUCGCAUGAAGGGGAACAAGACAAAAGCUUUUGGCUUGCAAAAACGCUUACAACAUCUUUUAGAGGAAAAGAGCACUUUCGCUAAGAGGAUCCACAAGAUGUCCCUGCAUCAGAGUCGAUCCUUGCUCGCUGAGUGCAUUGAAUUUAUACGAAGACAAAAUCGACAGCUUCAAAAAAAUUAUCGAAAAGAUGUUCGCAACGAAAGAAGGUUUAGAAAACUUAUUCGGAAAUUGGUAAGCCAUAGAUCCCACAGUUUAUUUCUCAAAAAAAGUUUCAACGGCUUAAAAAACUCGAUUUUUGAGCAUGAUGGCGGUCAAAUACCAAGCCAAACCAGCGAAGAAAAUCUACAUUAUAAACUGCAAUUAAUAAGAAUGUUAACUAAAGGAAAUUUCAAGGAAGCAGAAGAAUGUAUUAAAAUCACAAGGAAUAUAAUGGGAUACCACUUAGGACAAGUGAGGAGAAAGAAUAGGUCAAAAAGACGGGUACCAAAAAGUCCCUUCGAAAAAGCUAUAUGGGAGUUCUUUAAUUCCAUGGAAAUCCAUAAAAGCGAAAGAAAAAAGGAUAAGAAUGAUAUUAAAAAAACGCUACGUCCAAAAGGACCUUAUAAAGUUCCCAAAAAAAGGGAAUUAGUGACCAAGAUUCCCAAAGUUGCGGGAGACGAAUUUAAAUUUAACAUAAAUUUAAAAGAACUAAAUUAUAAAAGAAAGAGUAUAAGUUUAUCCAAUGAGUCAAUUAAGGACUCAAUUAAUAAUUCCAUUGAGGAUAAGGAGGCCUAUAAAGUUUAUCACACAAGAAGCGCUGAUGAUUUUCCCGAAUCCAAGGUACAAAUUAAAGUUUAUCCCCGCGAGAAGACCGAAAGAAAUAAAACAGCCGACAGUGGAGAAAAUUGGAAUCGCAGAGAAACACCUUAUAUUUUUCCAAGAGAACUUGAAAAUUCAAAGAAAAAUGGAAUUAAAAAUAAGUCAGAGCCCAAUGAAGUAAAUAAGAAGAAUAAUUUAAGAGGGAAAAAAGGAAUUAACUCCACCAAUAUGUCAAAAACGUCCCCGACCACUGAAGAGGAGUCUUUGAAGAACGAUCAAACGGAACAACAAGUGGAGGAAAGUAACUCAGAAAAUGAAUCUUCCAAAAUUACUCCAAAACCGAAUAAAUCACAUUUUCGAUCUUUUACUUACGAAAAAUUGAAAACAGCAUACCGUUCUCACAGUCUAGACUCCAAGCGACAUAUUACAGCAAUUAAAAAAAAAGAUAAAUCCGAUGAAAGCUUGGCCAAGUCCAAUAACCUGAUUUCGUCAAACUAUUUUGAAGCCACUUCAAUGUUUAAUCCUCCUAUAAGUGAGUCUCUGAUAUUUAAUAAAAGUACUCUACCUUUUUUAACAAGGAAAGUUUCCACGCUUUUUGGAAUACCUUCCUCCAAAUCAUUGGAUGGUAUGAGAAGGUAUUCCGCAAAGCCUCAGCUUCCCAUGUCGUCAGUGGCCACUGAGAUUAUCAAGCGUUUAUACGAACAAAGGAAAUUAACUUUGGAUGAACCAAAAAGAUUUCACAAGAAAAUCGAUCUUACAAGACUGCAUUCCAACAGUUUUCUGGGAAAUAUUUCAAAGUAUAGGCCCUGGGAUCAAAUGGAUGCAGUGCUGGGCGAUUUGCUUGGGAAGUAUAAGGAGUGGUCGGAUAAUGCUAAAACCCCCGAGGAAGCUCAUAAGUUAAAGAAAAUUCUCAAGUGGCGAUAUAUUCAUAAUGUGCAAAAGCUUUUAUACAAUCAUGUAAAGCAGCUGAAGAUGGAAAUGGACGGUGGGAGAUCGGAAACUGGUUCCAGAAAGUCUCAAAUUUCUUUGAGAUCUAUUCGGUCCAGUUACCAGGUACCAUAUAACUAUGGAUCCUUUGCUAUCUUAAAAAAGUCUUCCGAGACAGAAAUUUCCCCAAUUAGACCUCUUCACGAAAACUUUGUCCGCACACAAAUGGAUUAUUUGAGAUCGAGGAUUUUUGACAAGGACGUGGAGCGUAUGGAACGCAUGAUCAUGGGUAGGCACGUGCCCAUAAACGAGGAAGACCUCGAGAUCUUCAAGAAAUAUAAAUUUGAUCCUCAGCAUUUCAACAUCCUAAUAUUAUCAAUUGGAAGAUCAAUGUCGGAUGACAGAUACGAGGAGAAACUGCCAGUUCUGGAAAGAAAUUUUCAAAAUAUAAGCCAUCAAUUGCAGGUGCUUUCCAGGGAGAGAAGGAUACAGAAAAUGCUCGUGAAAAAAGAUCUGAAAAAAACAGAAGAGGAAGAAGCAUCGAAAACUUCUGGCGACAGUUGUCAUUACGAUCGUACAGUCUUUAAUGAAGCCUUCCUGGAGAAAAGGCGGGAAGUGUGGGCAUCAUACAUAGCCAAACAGGCGAAGACUCCCACAGAGAUGGUUUUGGAAGCUGUCCGGAAGCAGAAACGAAAAGCUCAGAUAGCCCAAAAAAGGGAAGAACGCGAGCAGCGUAUGAAACAAGAGCCGAAAAUGUUAAAAAAGAGGAGAUCGCCCAGUGCCCUUUACAGAGCUCCAAGGCGAACGCAUCGUGAGCAACAAGUCAUCGAGGACAUGCAGCAUGAGCUGGAGAGCACCAAGUCGAAGUGCUCGGCAACAUCUCUGUGCUGCCGGUGCUGUAGCAGGUGCGGUUUGAUCUGGACACACAGGUGUUCUGAGGGCUCCACCGAUGAAACAGCUGAACAUAUCUGUUCAGUAUAAAAAUAAGAUAGCUUAAUUUAUAAAUUUAACGAAGCAUAUUCCGGGGUGCUGCAGAAAGUCGAUUCAAAUGCAGUUGAAACAUAUUUUUGUAGCACCCUGGAUUGUGAAUUUAUCAGGUUUCUUAUAAACGAAUCGAAAUAGAAA